AUGGCCGCUAAGCAACCAGUCACAUCCGACAAGGGAAUCAAAUCUCCUUUGUUCUCUCAAGCCAUUAUCCACAAUGGAACCGUCUACUGCAGUGGGAAUGUGGGAAUCAAUCCGUCCACCAACAAGAUCGUUGAGGGAUCAGUGGCCGACAGGACGAAACAAACGUUCGAAAACAUCAAGAACGUCUUGGAGGAAGCCGGAAGCAGCCUUCAGAACAUCGUCAAAAUGAACAUUUACCUCGUGGAUAUGGCGGACUAUGCGGCCAUGAACAAAGUCUUCCUCGAGACCAUUCCAGACCCGAAGCCGGCAAGAACCUGUGUUUGCGUCAAGGAAUUACCUGGCAAGACCGAUGUUGAGAUUGAAUGCAUCGCACAUCUGAAUGAGGCAUCUGGGUCCAAACUCUAG